AUUGUUUAUCCCGCCCUGCUUCGUUUCACCUGUACCACAUGGCCUUCCCUCCCUCCUGUAUUUAGUCUGUGAGGUGCCCUCUCUCAGUGCAAGUUUGUCUUACUACCCUGGGUCAAUUGUUCCAGCUUUUUUUCUUGUGUCUAGUUUUCCUGGUGUAUUUGAUCUGUGCCUAGUUUUCGUGGACCUCACCUUUUGUCUUCUCUUGUCAGAUUUUGUUUGGCUGAUCUAGUGACUGGCUCUCUGUGUACCAAACCUUUUGUCAGGACUGUUUUUAGAGGAGAGAAAAGAACAGUGAAGCGAUCAGAAUGUCUGCUGAUCCGGACAAGACAACUGGGAGAACAUUCAAAACUUUCAGGCCAGGCCAGAUGACAUACUUCUCGCAACAUACCCCAAAGCCGGAACCACAUGGGUCUCCUACAUCCUUGACUUGUUGUACUUUGGUCAAACAUCCCCAGAGCGUCAGACAUCCAUUCCAAUAUAUGAUAGAGUCCCUUUCCUGGAGAUCAUGUUCCCCUCGAUGGAAUCAGGUUGUAAGACGAUCAAACAUACGCACCAUGUUUCACAAACAAGCAUCACAAACCAACACUUUAUCUUUAGCCUUUAUGCAGUGGUUGCUAGUCUACGUGGGGUCCAUAAAAAGCAAAGACAGUAAAAAAAAAAAUAAUAAUAAUAAUAAAAAAAAAUCAGCCAUUAGAGGCACAUAUUGUCAACAAAAAAGCACAAUACAAGCCAAAUUGCAACAGAUGCAACUGACAGUGGAAAUAAGAACAUUUUCGCACACCAACAGACCAAAAAAUGAACAAAAACAAACAAAAAGAUUCCAACAAUGAAGCAGCAACAAUAAAAUUCAAAUUUCAGCACACUUUGUGAUUAUUUUCUACCUUUUGCUUUAAAACCUUUACAUACUAUUGCAAGGUUCAUAUGCCUUUUGUUAGUAUCCCGUUUCUAACAAGACACUGUAUUUACUGCACUGCAGCAGUGAAUAAACUACUUUACACUUUACAGGAUGUGCUGACUCCAUCUCUGUCUCUUCAUAUAGGAGUUGACCUGGCGAACAACCUUCCCACCUCUCCACGACUCAUUAAAACUCAUUAUCCAGUCCAGUUUGUGCCAAAGUCCUUUUGGGAGCAAAACUGCAGGAUGAUCUACGUGGCCCGCAAUGCCAAAGACAACGUGGUCUCUUUUUUUCACUUUGAUAACAUGACUCUGACCCAGCCAGAUCCUGGAGACUGGAGCAGCUACCUCCACAGAUUCAAAGAGGGAAAGAUUGUGUUUGGAUCCUGGUAUGACCAUGUGAACGGCUGGUGGAAGAAGAAACAGACUUACUCAAACCUCCAUUACAUGUUCUUCGAAGAUAUGGUUGAAGAUACUGGACGGGAAAUAGACAAACUCUGCCGCUUUCUUGGUUUGUCUCCUUCAGUGGACGAGAAGAAACAAAUUACAGGUGGAGUGCAGUUUGAUAACAUGAAAAAGAACGACAUGGUCAACUAUUCAGCCUUUCCUGUCAUGGAUUUCAAAAUAUCUCCUUUCAUGAGAAAAGGGAAGGUUGGUGACUGGAAGAACCAUUUCACUGUGGCCCAGAGUGAAGAGUUUGAUGAAGACUACAAGAAGAAGAUGAAGGAUCCUACACUUCAGUUUCGCACUGUAAUCUGAACAGGAGGGGACAGACUGUGUAUAUGUGGAGGCUUGUCCUGAGUGACCGGACGCGUGGCAUUUCUGUAAAAAUUAUCAAAUUAUUUUUGGCUCUAAUGACAGCAGGUGUGUGGAGUGGGUCCUCUUGUGCUUUUUGUCUGAAUUAAGGCUGUGAACUACACAUCAUGAAGCACAGUGUCAUUUCUGAUAGCGAACAUGUCUUCAUGUCGUGUAUUACCCAAAUAUAUGUUGGUUAAUGUGUAAUAAAAGAGCAGCUGUAUUACACAUUUUUACUGAUACUACUAAUUAAGAACAAGAGAUCAGUGGGAUCAAUGACAUGAAUGCAUUUUUCAUAUUUUCAUAUCCAUAUUUUAUAUUCACAAUAAAACAAUAAG